CUAACUCUCUCUGUACUCUGGACUGACUGGUCAAACAGCGCCUCCUUCGGUCACUAUAGUGGUCAGACGCGGUACUGCAGGCGGAAGUGCAGCCAGCCGCACCUGUUGCAGGUUCGCGAGCGCAGACACCUGUGGCUCCGCGCGACCGCGAACCUUCUGGAAAUUUCCGUCCGGGACCAGGACCAAGACCAGAACCGGGACGGGCUGAUGGACAAGCUGAAGCAGGUUCUGGGCGGACAGGAUGGAGGGACCACGGACGGGACCGGGAUCCUGGAGAGAGCCAAUCAGGCGUCGACGCUGGCCUGGGGGACCCGGGUGAAGGGCUUCGUGGUCUGUUUCAUCCUGGGCGUGGUCUGCUCUGUCCUGGGAACAUGUCUGCUGUGGAUCCCAGGGGCGGGACUUCCUGCCUUCGCUGUCCUCUACACUGUGGGAAACAUCUGCUCCCUGGCCAGUACCAUGUUCCUGGUUGGUCCCCUCAAGCAGCUCAAGUCCAUGUGGGCCAAAGAGAGGGCGCUGGCCACCGCCGUCAUGUUGGUGUGUUUGGUGUUGACACUUUGUGCUGCUUUCUGGUGGAAGAACAACGGCCUGGCUCUGCUCUUCUGUAUCCUCCAGUUUCUGGCCUUCACCUGGUACGGCCUUUCCUACAUCCCCUUUGCCAGGGAUGCUGCCCUCAGACUGUGCUCCAUGUGUCUCUGAAGUCCUGGACCAGGUCCACCCUGUGUCUCUGAAGUCCUGGACCAGGUCCACCCUGUGUCUCUGAAGUCCUGGACCAGGUCCACCCUGUGUCUCUGAAGUCCUGGACCAGGUCCACCCUGUGUCUCUGAAGUCCUGGACCAGGUCCACCCUCCACCCCUUAAAUAUGUGGAUUCAUUGAGUUUAGACUGAAGUCCUAGAACUAUGGACAUGUGACCCUCUGAGGACAUGGACAAACCUUUCACUGUUGGACUCUUGUCUCUUCUUCUGGUUCCGUUCGUACAUUUCACUUUUUAAUAAAUAAGCCCUUUGAAUAAA